ACUUUCAAAAGUCCAUAUUCAUAGUUGUACCAUUUAUUAUAGUUUAAUUACUCUAAUUCUAAGUAUAAAAUCUAAUUUAAUCACGGCAUCACCUACUACAUUUCUUUCCCCAAGUUUGAUUUUCUCCCUCCCCCAAAAUGCCCCACCACCUUCGCCUCCUCCUCACGGCGGCGCUACUUAUCUCAGCCGUGAUAUCCACCACAUCAACCAGGGAAUGCCCACCGUGCGGCACCACCCGUGUACCAUACCCACUAAGCACGGCCCCCACGUGCGGUGAUCAAGAGUACAUAAUCCAGUGCAACAACAACAGCACACUGUUGUUCCCAACAUCCAACAACACUUACCCAAUCACAUCCAUCAACGCAAACAAUCAACGGUUAGUGAUUGAGCCCUCACCAUUCCUCCCCAACACCUGCAUCACAUCGGAUAUCUCCACCCAAGGCGUCCAGCUCAACCAAACGGCACCGUUUAACGUCACGGGUGACAACACCGUCAUGUUCCUCAACUGCUCCCAGUCUCUCCUGGGGUCCCCACUCAACUGCUCUUCCAAUAGUCUCUGCCACGUGUACGUCAACUCCACACGUGAGGCUUCCGCGUGUCAGAGCUCGCCUAUUUGCUGCACUUUCCGAGCUGGAGGUGGAACGACGUCGUACUCUAUCCGUGUAAGGGAAGGGGGUUGUCGGGCUUACAGGAGUUUUGUGGACUUGAACCCAAGUCUACCCGUGGGUCAGUGGGGUCAGCCUGGGUUGAUGAUCCAGUGGCUGCUACCCCAGGAACCAGUUUGUAGGACUCAGGCUGAUUGUGCCGUUGAUGAUGGGAAUUCGACUUGUAGGGCUGAUCCUAGCUCUGUGGGCACCAGUAGGUGUUUUUGUAAUUCUGGCCUUCAUUGGGAUGGUGUUAAUGGAAUUUGCGCUGAAAAUGAUGUUUGUGGGAACCAAGGAGGGUGUAACAAUUCAAAUAAGGCUGCCUUAAUAGCAGGUUUGGUAUCAGGAAUAGGAGGCGCAUUGAUUCUUGCUACAAUAGUUGCAAUGUAUUACAAACGUCAACGUAGGAUAAAAGAAGCCCAAGAACGUCUAAAGAAGGAAAGAGAAGAGGUUCUGAACUCUGGAGGGGGAAGAACUGCCAAGAUCUUUAGUGGUAGAGAGAUCAAAAAAGCCACCAACCAUUUCUCUAGAGACCGCCUCUUAGGCUCCGGUGGUUACGGGGAUGUUUACAAAGGCGUUCUUUAUGACGGCACACUUACUGCUGUCAAGUGUGCUAAGGUUGGAAACGCGAAAGGAACUGACCAAAUCCUGAAUGAAGUCCGAAUCCUCUGUCAAGUUAAUCAUCGGAGUCUUGUCCGUUUACUUGGUUGUUGUGUUGAGUUAGAGCAACCUAUAAUGGUGUACGAGUAUAUCUCUAAUGGUACGCUUUAUGAUCACUUGUACAAGCAUAAACCUGGAGGGUAUAGUCGUCUUACAUGGUCUCAUCGUUUGAGUGUUGCGUAUCACACUGCUGAAGCUCUUGCAUACCUCCACUUCUCAGCAAACCCCAAUAUUUAUCAUAGAGAUGUUAAGUCAUCCAACAUUUUGUUAGACGAGAAAUUGAAUGCUAAGGUCUCGGAUUUUGGGUUAUCAAGGUUGGCUGAGCCGGAUAUGAGCCAUAUCUCUACAUGUGCUCAGGGGACCCUCGGGUAUCUGGAUCCUGAGUACUACAGAAACUACCAGUUGACAGACAAGAGUGAUGUUUACAGCUUUGGAGUUGUAUUGUUGGAGCUUUUAACAUCACAAAAGGCGAUUGAUUUUCAUCGAGAAGCUGAUGAUGUAAACUUGGCUAUGUAUGUUAAGAGGCUUGUAGAUGAAGAGCGUAUGUUGGAUGCUGUAGAUCCUCUGUUGAAGGAGGGAGCUAGUACCCUGGAGAUAGACACCAUCAAGGCGUUAGGAUUUCUCGCUAUUGGGUGCUUGGAGGAGCGUAGACAAAACCGGCCUUCCAUGAAAGAAGUUGCUGAAGAAAUUGAGUAUAUAAUCAGCAUUGCUACAGCAGAGAAAGCAGAACACUAGUUUCACUUACAAAUCUAAAUUUUGUUACUUAAUUUGUUUAGUAUAUAUGCUUGUUGUACUACUCCACUUGUUAUAUUAAAUUAUUCAUUUAACCUUUUA